AUGGCCAGAGAAAGGAAAAAGACUGUAGAAUUCUACUACAGCGUGCUAAGGGAACUCUACAAUCUAACAGAUGCAAUUCCUACGAGAUUAAAAGACAUCAAGCAAAUAAAAGCAAAAUUAUCAAGUCUGAAACGUAAGAAACUGGAGGGACUUGAAAUGAAAUCCAAAGCAGAGUCAGUCACUGAAGAUGAGACUGCUGCAGUGUACCACCUUGUCAGACACGCCAAGAAUAGAAGUAGUUUCGUGGAUGAACUUCAGAUCAAUGAUGGUACCAUACUCACCACCCAGAAGGAAAUAAUUACAGAGACCUCAGCGUACUAUGAACGUAUGUAUGCGUCAGGGGAAACAAACGAAGGAGAAUACGAUGAGCUCUUUGGUGCUUAUCUUCCACGAAUAUCGCGAGAUGAUGAUAACAUUUCUUCGGACAUCACCAAGGAAGAUUUAUUAGAAAUCGUGAGCCUCUCUGCUAAGGAGAGGGGCAGGAGGCUGCUCCAGGCGGCUGACCGGGGGGCAGUGGGGCAGCUGAGGGCGCUGAUCGCCGCAGGGGCCCACGUGGGGGCGAGGGGCGGGGGUGGGCAGACCGCCCUGCACUGGGCAGCACAGAGGGGAGACGUCGAGGCGGCGAGGCUGCUGGUGGGGGCGGGGGCGGCGGUGGGCGCCAGGAAUGGCGGUGGGUGGACGCCGCUGCAUGUUGCGGCAUUCUAUUGGCAGGCAGAUGUGGCGGCUGCGCUGCUCGAUGCGGGGGCCGACAGGGGUGCCACAACUGGUGAUGGGCGGACAGCGCUGGACAUGGCCAGGCAGAGCCUCUCUGCAGAGGAGAGGGGCAGGAGGCUGGUCCAGGCGGCUGAGCGGGGGGCAGUGGGGGAGCUGAGGGCGAUGAUCGCCGCAGGGGCCGACGUGGGGGCGACAAACGGGGGUGGGUGGACCGCCCUGCACUGGGCAGCGUGCAAGGGAGACGGCGAGGCGGCGAGGCUGCUGGUGGGGGCGGGGGCGGUGGUGGACGCCAGGAAUGACAGUGGGUGGACGCCGCUGCAUUACGCGGCAGCCUAUGGCCACGCAGAAGUGGCGGCUGCGCUGCUCGUCGCGGGGGCCGACAGGGGGGCCACAACUGGUGGUUGGGGGACAGCGCUGGACAUCGCCAGGCGGUGCAACCGGAGGCGGCUGGUGGUGAUGCUGUUAUGA